UACAAAUUUAAAUCAACUUCUGUAUUUAUUGACUAUUUGGAUUUAUUUAUUUUUUAAAAUUUUAGAUGGAAAUCGAUGAAGACGCAUUGUUAGAAGUUUGUGAUGUAAUUAAUUUUCCAACAAGUCCUAUAUCCGUUCCUGUGAGAACCGAAAGGCAUUCAAUCGACGAUCACGCUAGUAAUGAUCGUCCCACGCGUUAUCGCCCCGCUCGUGAUCGCUCCACUCGUAAUCGCCCCACUCAAGAUGGCUCCGUUCGUGAUCGAUCUACUGAAGAUGGCUCCGUUCGUGAUCAUCCUGCUCAAGGUGGCUCCGCUCGUGAUCAUCCUGCUCAAGGUGGCUCCGCUCGUGGACCUACUAGUGAGCAUCCUAUUAACGAUCGCCCUAGCCUUCGAAAUUCUGAAAUUCGUCCUGGAGUGGAUCGUACUGGAACUAAUCCUAUUGAAGAUCUCCAGUCUCCAAACGUUCCACAAUGGAGAGGUAGGGGUAGAAGAAGUGGCGUGCGACGUCAACAAGAAAGGUUUAUGAAAUUUUUGUACCAACUUUCUUCAGCGCAUUAUAAUUGGGGUAAACGAAGGAAGGAAACAAGGGUAUGAAGUAAAAACAAAUUAUUAUAUUAAUACAUACAUACAU